CCACAACCCGAGUCACUGUAGAGUUGCUGAAUCGAAUACAACCCGGGUGUUAGCAGGAAUGGCAUCGGGCGGAUCAAUUCGUGUAGGAAGUUCAGAGUCGGUGAAAACUGAUGACAUUGAUGAGGGGCAGGAAAAUCGUAGUGAUGAUCGAUCUGAUGAUAUCUCCAAUGAUCAGGAUAUGCUUGUCUCAGCUGGAGCAACUACCGAAUCUUCAGCUAGACAUGUGGCAGAUAUUUCAGCAAGAGUUCGUCCAGAAAAUGACGAAACCAGUGGGGAUCCGAUGAGAAAUGCCACCCAUUCUUCAUGUCAAACCAGCAAUGUGGCUCCUACCGAACAGAUGAUGUAUUAUGUAUGGGUAAUAAUGUGGAUUGCUUACGUUUUUGCUAUUUUUUAUAACUGUUAUAAUCCAGCUCCAUAUGAUGUAGAAGAUCCAUGUAGACAGUGUACAUCAAUUGUUGAUAGCGUCAGUAAUCUUCCCGUGCAAUCACAGAGGUAUUAUGAAGUGGAUGAGAGAGACUUAAGUCAAAGACGCAGAAGAGACAAUCUUGGUAGUCAACCUGAGUCAGAUCCGGAAGAACAAGCAAGCCUUUUUGAGAUUUUACGACGCCAACAGAACCUUCCUCGACGCCAACAGAACCAUCCUCGUAAUGAUGAAAACAAUGUUAUUCGUAUGCAACAGCUUCACUCUGGGACCCGGGACAUGUCAGUGAGAUGUCAAGGUGUUCCUCACGGAGGAGAUGAACAAAAUUCCUUGAGUAAUACCUGUCCCUUGGACCAGUUUCUAAAUGGCCUGCAUCAAAUAUGCAGGUCACCGCCAUUCAGAAAUCUUUUACAGUCAUUAGCAGAAUCAUCACCUACUGCAUAUGGGACACUGUUGGAGGCCAUCUUCCUGUGUGAUGCAGGGCUAUUUGCAGAAGCCAAGUUAAAGCUUGUACCGAAUGCAUACAAUCUGCUGAGUGCAGAAGGACUGAUGGUGAUGCCACUGAUCGAGAACCAACUGCGUCGUAGGAUUACAAAAAUAUGCACAACAUGUAAACAUUGUUCUGAGUCAACACCUAAUCAAGACAUCAUCCUGUUUGAAUUUAAUGCUUCAACAGGUUUCCAGGAAGCCUUGACAUCCACCAUUUCCUGCCCAACUCAGCAAUGCAGUCAGCCAGGGUGUGAUGGCCAGACAACUGUCACAUUAAGAUUUGAAAGUGGAAGACCUGCUUUAAUCAUCGCCGCUAAUCUGCAGUUUCUUUCUUACCGCAUACCCAAUAGCCAUCUAAGUGAGAUUGUAAACCUGUGUGGAGAAAGAUAUAUGCCUUUCCUACUUACACUUGGUCGACGUGAGGAUGGAUCAGGUAUUCCUGGACACUACAUGUCCUAUGUGUUUCGACCUGAUGAGGGUGGCAACUUUAACAGAAAUGGGAUACCAGUAGGAAACUGGUAUUUCUUCCCUAAUAAUCGAAAUGGGGACCUAGAGCCUUGGAGUUUUGACCAAGAGGAUCCUGGCGCAACAUCUCUCAGUUUUAUCUACUUCAUUCAGAUUCCUCCAUCCUCUUCUGUAGGGGCCACUUCUGGUCAGAGAGAGGACAGUCCAAACAAUGAGGGAGAUGCCAAUGAGGAGUAGAAUGGCAUCAGAAAGUCAUACUUUUUAGCCCACCAUCAUCAGAUGGUGGGCUAUUCAAAUCGCCCUGCGUCCGUGGUCCGUCGUCCGUCCGUCCGUCCGUCCCUCCGUCCGUCCCUCC